AUGGCAGAGGAAGACCAGAGCGAUCCAUUGCUCUGGGACGAGGAUCGGGUGGUACAAGAACUCUGCACCGCGAAUCGAUCCUGGAAACCACCUCCCACUAAGCGACUACCAGAUCCUGCCGCACUCGAAGCAAACUUCGCGAAUUUAUGGAACUACCUGGGUGUAAAAAAGCUGCCUCACCAGCUUGCGCUGAAGGACGCCAUCAAGCAAUUCAGAAGGCGCAGCGAGGGAUACCAAGCAUGGAAGGCCCAUCAGCUGGCUAAUAGCCAGUUGUAUGCCGAACCAGAGAAAGCCUUGGCUAUCAAAUCGGAACCAUUCAAGCCAGCUGAAGUCGAGCAUGCCGCCCAGUCUGAGCCUCUGGUUGGGCCGACCUCCCACCAUGCCGAUGUCGAUGCCGACUCUCAUGCCCAUGUCGGUCCAAGGUUUACGAGCACUUACCCCGGCGUUUUGUCUCCGACACUCUCGGCAUCUGCCGACCCCGAUUUGCCAGCAACACCUACCCACGUUUUAGACAUCCUCCGCGAACCUGAACAGGAGACAUCGGAAGAGCCGCCGAGAAAGAAGAGGAGAAUUGCGCCCAUAAGUCUCUCUGCCGAUACCACGGGUAACCAUGCCUUUUCCAUCAUUCCAACCGAAGGCGAUCUGUUCUUGGAAAGCACAGCAGAGGCCACGCUGCAAACAAGCGAUUCUUAUGGUUUCCUAGGCGCCGGUGUUCUGCGGCGCGCCCAGCUUCUCGAGCUCCAAAUAGAGGACUUGGAAGCUUCACCCAAGCAUCCGUUCGCACUGCUACCGAGGCAGCUCCCUUCAGGGCGCCGCAUACAGGCCGCAGAGACCAUGAAGCGGUUUCUGCGAACGAACCUCGCUGAAAGCUUUCAACGGAGUGGUGACGAGUAUGAAGAGGAAUCGGAAAUUGGGCAAUCUGACGACGAACAAAGUGUUGACUCAGAGACCUGGCGCGAGUACCAACAGGAGGAGGCGGAGCGUGCGGCGAUGGAAGCGCGUGAAAUCUCUCCCAAUGAAAGGGUCGUUAGCAAAGAUGAGGCGGCCGAGGCGGUCCGCAUAGCCAUACAAGAGCUGGAGUCACAAUGGGUGGCCGAAAAGAAGCCCAGAUGCGACCUGAAAGCCUUCAAGAUAUGGCAGGAUGCCCGCCGGAACCCCGACCGUACGGCUUUUAUCGACUCGAGUCCACUCCAACCGCCGCGGCCGUCGGCCCUCCCUCGCCCGGCACCCCGGCCAGCGAAGCCAGCGAGCGUCCAUGACGACGAGGAGGUGCUAACAAGCGACUCGGAUGAUAUGGAUGAAUUCAUCGAAUAUGAUGAUGUUGUCCUUCCGAUUGCCAAUGACGACGACAUGGAUAUCGAUCCAGAGCCGCUUCGAAACGCCGUUGCUCCCCAACCUACUUCGCGCCGCAGUGCUUCUGUGGCGCCCGGUGGCAGCACUGGGGCCGGUCCUAGUCAGACGAAACCAACACCUUCGACUGAGGAAUCUGAAGUUGGCCCAGCGCUGGCGCCUCUUACGCCUCCGAGGAUCAAAGUCGAGAAGUUGGUGGUGCCAGUACCUCCCCGUCGAACGGGGGCUUCGGCCGAUGAUGUCAUCGUGAUUGAGUCGUCCCCUCCGGGAAUCAAGAACAGCGACCACAGGGAUUUAUGGCCCCAGUACAUGGAGCCGACGUUGGGCGCCCCGGCAGAUCCCCAUGCCGACAACACCGACCCGGUGGCGUUCUAUCUCUGUCGCCUUUUCGACGUUUUCGUCUCGAAAUCUGCCAAAAGGAUCUCCCUACGGACUCUGAGGCUUACGACGCGCAACAGAUUGAGCCGUCUGGGAGAUUCUUUUGCUGGCUUCUGUGCAUUUCUCAAGAGGAUCCUUCCCCUGUUUCUGGGCAUGGCCCCGGAGACACCGACCCGGAUCGUGCUCAGGACGCCUCCAAACGGGACCCCAAGCACCCCGACGCCCUCAAGGAGAACUCAAGAGCCCGCAGACGACCACAGUAGCACAGAUGCGUCUUCGUCGGAUGAGAUGCCGAUACCGUCGACUAAGAAGCGGCGGCGGCGCAAACGGCGGGACACAAACGCCCUGCAUCUUCGGAGGGGGAACCUGAAGCGCGACGAAGAGUAUGCGCGUCGCGCCCGCGAACUGCGCGAAAGACUCGCCCAACAGGGUUCGGUUUCCAGCAAACAUGCUCGUCUCAUCAUCAACGAGUCCAAGGAGUCUGACGACCAGGCGCUGAUAUAUAUCAAUGACCAUAUCGGGAGCAGGAUCAAAGACCACCAGAUCGACGGGGUUCGCUUCAUGUGGAACCAGGUCGUCGUCGACUCGAGCUUCCGCCAAGGUUGCUUGCUUGCACACACCAUGGGCCUGGGGAAGACGAUGCAGGUGAUCACCCUCUUGGUAGUCGUUGCCGAGUCGUCCGCGUCGCCGGACGAGUCUAUACGCUCUCAGAUCCCCGAGAGUCUGCGGGAGUCCAGGACGUUGAUACUCUGCCCUCCGAGCUUGGUGGACAAUUGGCAAGAUGAGAUUCGCAUGUGGGCUCCGGAUGAGGUGCUGGGACCGGUGCACACGCUAGAGACGCAAAAUACCCCGUCUUCGCGCGAGAGUGUGAUCCAAACUUGGGCUGCGUCUGGCGGGGUGCUGAUUCUCGGCUACACCAUGUUCACCAUCCUCGUCAAUUCAGGCGAGGACAUGGCCAAACUCCUACAGGAGACCCCUAAUCUCGUCAUCAGCGACGAGGCCCACUACAUCAAGAAUCCGGAAUCUCUGAGACAUCAAGCCGCUGCCAAUUUCGCGACAACAAGCCGCAUCGCGAUGACGGGAUCUCCUCUCACAAACAACACCCCAAAGUGCACCCGAAGAGACUUGAAAGUUCUACUCAACGAGCUCCCGAAAAAGAAGGAGUUUAUCAUCACGCUUCCUUUGACCAAGGUCCAGAUGCGCGUGUAUAGGGCGUACAUCGAGUGGACGACAGGUCAUUCUAGCGAGAUCAAAAACAACCAAGCGAUGGCAUGGAGUCUCGUGGCCAAACUCACUCUUGUCCUCGCCCAUCCCUUCAUUUUCAAGACCAUGCUGGAAGCCAAAGCCAAGUCAUCCAAGCCUGAAGGCGGGGACGAGCUGGAUAUGCCAGAGCACGUGCGGAGCGACCUGCUUGCCCUCGUCUCGUUCCGCGAGAUUGAAGAUUACGCCCUCUCUAACAAGAUCGUCGUCCUCCUACGAAUCUUGGACGAGUGCAAGAAAGCAAAAGAUAAAGUCCUGGUGUUCUCGCAGAGCAUCCCGACGCUAGACUAUAUCGAGAACAUCUUCAAGCGGAAGAGGGUAGUUUACCAACGGCUGGACGGCAGCACCAAGAUGUCGACACGGCAAGCCUCGGUCAAAAAGUUCAACACGGACGCAGAGUCCCAGGUUUACCUGGUCUCCACCAGGUCUGGUGGUGUCGGGCUCAACAUUCACGGUGCGAACCGGGUCGUCAUUUUCGACUUCAAGUACUCGCCGACCGACGAGCAGCAAGCGAUCGGAAGGGCUUACCGCCUCGGCCAGACCAAGCCGGUGUACGUCUACUGGCUGACCGUUGGCGGCACGUUUGAAGACACCAUCCACAACAAUGCCAUCUUCAAAGCCCAGCUGGCCAAGCGGGUAGUGGACAAGAAGAAUCCCGACCCUUGGUCGACACGGUACAGCGAUUAUUUCAAGAUGCCGAGGGAGGUGGACCAGGAGGACCUGUCCGGGUCAUUCGGCCACGACAAAGUCCUAGAUGUGCUCCUCGAAAGCGAGGAGAUAAGCCAGCUGAUGCGGAAUAUCACGUCUACCGAGACCUUCGAACGGGAAGAGACGUACGAGCUCACUCCCGAGGAGAAGCUGCAGGCCGAGAAAGACAUCGAGAUGGAGCGGCUCCGGUCCCGAAAUCCAGAGGAAUUCAAAGCGUCGGGAGCACGAGCGGGCGUUGUGGUCGGCCACGUCGCCUCCCCCGGCGCCGUUCGGUCUUUACCAACGCCCACCCCACCGAUGGUGACUCCCAUCGGCCGAGCCGCUCCGCUCACACCCCAACCCCCGACUUUUAUGGCUCCAGCACUCGUUCCGCCACCAACAACCCAGAGCGAUGCAGCCAUGACGCAAGCCAUCCCGACACCAAGCCUGGGCGAUGUAAACAACACCUUGGCGCAGGAGCCCACGCCUGCGCCUCAGCCCGUCCCCGCGCCGGGUACGCACUUUAAAGUCCCGCACACUCCACCACCACCAGCAGCAGCAGCAGCAGCAGCAGCAGCGCCGAACGGGUCGUCGAGCUUGGCUAACCCGACUACCCCGACCGCGGCCAUAGAGCUCUCGGACUCGGACUUCCCGGACUUACUGGCCGUCCACAGCGCCUUGAGCGGAGUAGGCCGCCACGUGCGGUACCACCCAGGCGAUCUCAUUAACAGGGUCAGGAGCGUGUGGGCCCGCAACAAGAUUGAGCAGCUGCCCAUGAUGGACAAGAUCCAGAACGUCAAGAAAUGCACACGCAACGCACGAUUCGCGGAAGCGAUGCUCUCGGGGUAUAUGGACCCCGAGCAGCUUGCGUCCAUGACAAGGCUGGAGAUGGAGGAGGUAUCGGCCGCACUGGAUAGCCUGGCCGAGGCCGAGUUCAAACAUCGAGUUUGGACGACCAAGGCCGAUCUCAACGUAUGCACCACCGGCACCAAGAGCACCUGA